CACAAAGUUGUGACCAACAGUCAUAGAUUGAGGCAGAAUUUUUUUGGCACACUUUUUUCUGGUUGGUUUGUCAGUGGAGACAAGCGAGAGCAACGAACAACCAAGAUGCAGCUGAAGUGGCUGUCUGUGCUGGCCAUCGUGGCACUCCUGCUCACGCGCCUUCCCCCUUCUUCCCUGGUUUCUGCAAACGAUGACGACACCGUGACUGGCGAGGAUGUGGGAGACGACAUGGACAACGUCGCCGUCGAUGAGGAGGCGGAGGAGGAAGAGAGCGACAUUGAUGAUUUGGAGCUCGGGCCAACAAAGCUCGUCGACGUGACUGCCAUCUUCCCGGAUUUUCCAACCCUCGAGAUUCCUGCUGGCGCCAUUGUUACCGCCGUCGUUGGUCUUGACAACAAGGCCGACUCGCCCUUCGUCGUCAGCUCCAUUGAGGGAUCCCUUGGUGCGCCUUUCGACUACACCCAAUCAUUCCAGAACUUCACUGCCAUGCCGAUUGAGCUGCGCGUGGACGCUGGCCAGCAGGCGACGUUCACCUACAAGUUCCGCCCCUCGGACCGCUUCGAGCCCCGCGACUUUGCGCUCGCCGUUGUCGUCAACCUCAAGGACCAGAGCGAGGGCCUGUUUGUGAACACCGCGUUCAACCAGACCAUCACGCUCACGGACCCCGAGUCUGACGUCUCGUCCAAGGCCAUCUUUGGCUACAUCCUGUUUGCUGCUGUUGGCGUGCUCGCGUUCCUGUACAGCCGGCCCAAGCCCGCCACCAAGCCAACCAAGCAGGCAGCGAAGCGCGUUGAGACGGGCGCAGGCAUGGUGCAAGAGGACGAGUGGCUCGCCGAUACCAAUGUCGUACAGCCCCGUCGCCGCAAGCGCUCGGAGCGCAAGAACUAGACCACACACGUGGUGCUAUUGGUGUUGUGUUGUUUCGUUCCCCUCAUCAUCAUCAUCAUCAACAUCAUCAUUGUUGUGGUUCUGUCUGCACCCACGGCCGUGCGUGUGGUGGAUAACCGGGCGAAUACUCAUGUGAAUCGGUGAACUUGCGGGCGGCUUUCGUGUCUUCCGCAGGUCGCGUGUGCAUGCGAGCAAACGUAUCUCGCAUCACCGCAAUGCGCCAGCAAUAAACAUGACCAAAGCAUGCAGA